AUGGCAUCCAAAACCUGGCUUGUUACUGUGAUCGCCACCGCCCGCGACCCUACCAAGGCAGCUGAAGCCAACCCUCAGAUCUCAAAUCUCGGUGGGAUCUGGAUUGAGCUGGAUGUGACAAGCUCUAGCACUGCCAAAGCCGUGGAAGAUGCGGUUAAUCAGUCUGGUGGUGUUAUUGAUGUGGUUGUUAAUAAUGCUGGGUAUUCGUUGCUAGGUAGUAUCGAAGAUAUGAGCGAGGCCGAAAUUGAGGCUCAGUUUAACACGAAUGUUUAUGGUCCCGUUCGCGUGUUGAAGGGUGUUCUUCCAUUUAUGCGGGCGAGGAAGUCUGGCACUAUUGUCAAUAUCAGUAGUAGUGCCGGGAUUAAUGGACUGCCCACAUGCGCGAUGUACGCUGGGACUAAGUUUGCCCUUGAAGGUAUGUCUGAAAGCCUUGCGAAAGAGUUAGCACCAUUCAAUAUUCGAGUGCUGGUCGUCGAGCCAGGUUCACUCCGAACCAACUUUUGGUCAGCCUAUGUCGAGCCUAUCGCUGGCAUGAACAAAGACUAUACUGGGACUCCCUUGGAACAUCUAGGCGAUGCUGUUAAAUGUGCCAAGAGGGUCCUGGAAGUCGUAGACGAUACCGGUAUGGGUGCUGGGAAGGGAGACCUAUUUCGCUUGCCGCUUGGCUCGGAUUGCUAUGCACGCUUUCAAACUAAGAUUGAGAACCUGCAGGACAACUUGCUGCAAGCGAAGGAUAUUGCCCAUUCAACUAGUUAUUGA